AACAUUUAAUUUCUCAACCUUGUUUUUUAGAAAUAAAUAAUGACAACACAACUAUCCAACAAAUGGAAUUUUAAUGAGUUUUUCACACUUUGAAUUCUUGUUUUUCAGAUUAAUCAAUGGAACGUAUUAAAAGCCUUUCUAAGAUAUCUUUGGAAGAGUCAAACGAACUGCUGCUCAGAUCACGUAUUGAUCAGCAAUCCGAACUAAUAUGCAUUCUUAAGCGAAGAGCUGAUGAAUAUUUAGAGAAAUGUAUGAAGCAGGAAGAAGAGUUGGUUCGAUCAAAAGAAGAAUGCGAGAAAUAUACAAGACUUUACUUAAAAGAACAGAAGAUAUCGGCUGCUAAAAUUUCAAAAUCGGAAACAUUGGAAGUUAAGGUUAAUGAAGUGAUGAAAGAGAAAGAUGAAAUAAGUCAAGAAAGGGACAAAUUAAAAGCUGAUUAUCAUACACUGAAAGAAGAAAACGAGAAGCUGAUAGCUGCUGAAAAUGCGAGUAGAAAGAGUAUUUUGCAAGAAAUGCAACGAACUCUUCGCGAGCGACAGUCAGAAAUUCUUCUUCUGAAAGAACAGCUUAAGAGUAACGAGAAACAGAAUGAAAAGAAUUGCAAAGAGCUGAAAAACGAGCUUGAUGCAGCCAAAAACAAACUUAAAGACGACACUGCAAUGUUGUUAAAGCAAGUCACCACUUUGAAAGAUAUGUUGAGUGAAACGAAAACAAAACUGCAGACAUCUCAACAAAAAGUGAAAACAACCAAACAACAAGCAAAUGAAGCACAUAAAGAAAUGGAGGAUGUAAAGAACGAGUUAAUGUUGGUAAACAAACUAUAUACAAGUGAACGAGAGAAAUGCAAAGAGUUAGAAGAACAAUUUAUUUUGUCUGAGAACGGAAACAAAUCGGAGAAAAGAAGAAUUCUUCAACUUCGCAUCACAGAACUAGAAGAAGAACAAAAAGAGCAAAUGUUGCAUUUCGAAGCUUAUAAGAAGCACACCGAAGAACUUCUAUCCAAAGAGAAAACCCUUAAUGAGAGAUUACGACGGGUAAAAAGCCAGAAGUCGACUCUGCUGUGAAGGGUAGCGAAUAAAGUAUGGCGUCGUUUUUGUAUCCUGUCUGUAUGUAGUGAAAAUUAUUUACUUUGAAAUUGCGGUUGGAAUCAUUUGCGUGGAAUGGAUAGUUGGUGGAUGAUGGCUCACCUUGUUCGAGUUCGAUUCUUGUAAAUAGAUAGUAUUCCCUUUUUCAAGUUAAUUUUUUGUCAAAGAAGUAUUCAUGCCUUUUGUGUUUUUGGUGUGAUAGUGCAUUUAAAAUUUAACUGUGUAUAUACCUUAUCAGUAAAAAAAAGUCGGCAAAAAGUGACUGAAUUUUGGCUAAGUGACUAAUAUUUUUUGCCGACUAAAAUUUUUGCCGACAUUUUUUUUUCUGCCCGAACUUUUUUUCUAACUUUUUUUCCGACCACCUUUUCGCUGUUUUUUCUUCCUUGUUGCUAAUUUUUAUCAGUUUUAUGCAAUUAUUCUUCAUUAGUGACUAAAUUUAAAAAUUUAGUCAACAAAAAUCGACUAAAUUCAAAAAUUUAGUGUGCAAAAAGUGACUAAAUUUUGUCCAAGUGACUAAUAUUUUUGACGACUUUUUAUUUUUGUCGACUAAUUUUUUUGCUGACUUUUUUUUACUGAUAAAGUAUAUGAGUUAAAGUAUAGUAUAAAAAAAUCGUGUAUGUUGUAAAUUAUUGAUAUGUAGUAUAUAUUUAUGUAUAUAUAGCUACUGUCUGUAAUAUUCCUUGGACGCAUGGUCGAGACGGUAAUGACGGAAAUUUAUUCAGACUCGAAUUUUCGUGACGGAUUAAUUUAGACGCAAUUUUUCUUGAUUUCGAGCAACAUUUUGUGAAGUCUUGUUUUUGCUUGUAAAUAUUAUGUUUUAUCGUAGUAUGUAAAUAGAAACAGAUUAAUAUAUUUUAGUACUGCUAAUGCAUUGUAAAUGGAAUAUAUUUUCAUCAUAAAAAAGAAACGAUCUUCCUGUGA